CGGCGUUCAAUAUAUCAUUUCUUUUUCCCUCUAAGGGAGAGAUCUCCACCGUCUGGUCAUGACAACAAGUCUCCAUGUCACCGCCUUAGAGAUUGUUGCUGUAAACGCAGGAAAUGGAAGCUUCAAUGAGGAAGCUGAGAAGCUGGCUCCUUGUACAGAGGCAGCAAAAUAUGUGGAAGCUCCAGUUUCUGAGCGUUGCUGCACUGUAAUGGAGAAAAAGCUCAAGAAUCCAAGCUGCCUUUGUGCUAUUAUGUUUUCUAAUACAGCAAGGAAAGCUGGAGUCAAGCCAGAAGUUGCCGUGACCAUUCCAAAACGCUGCAACAUUCCUCAUCGUCCUGUCGGUCACAAGUGUGGAGCUUUCCCACUGGUUUAGGUGUGAAGACUCCCAUGGUUUCUCUUCCUGUACUAAAACUACUUGGUAUCAGCAGUAUCAAUUGUGCGGAUUUUGUCCUUGUUGCUUGUCAAUCUUAGUUGAUGACUUUCACAGUGACAUCCAGCCUUUUGAGUAAUAAAUAAAACUGCAGUUGUAUCUUUGACAAAUAAUAAUGAAAGUAUAGUUGUUUCUCUGAAUACUACUAAAUAAAAUGUUAGUUUUCUUUGGAAAAAAUUUCCUUCUUGUUGCUCAAUAACCAUUUUCUCCAAUUUUUGCUGUCAAUAAGCUCUAUGAUGGAGAGGAUCACUUGAGUUCAUUGACUGUUUAUAUGCUUUUGUUCAAUUAAUGAGGCUUGAAGAAUAAUUUCAUGUUAUGUUUCCUUUGUUCUUGUUUAUUUUAAGGGUGUACAUCAUAGCUUCUAAGAGUACAUUUGGUAGCAUGGUGGGGGGAACUCCUAUGGCGCCGUGAUGUCUGAACCCUAAAUCUAUCAGCCAUCCGACUUUCAAUUUAGUAAUGCCAAUAGAUUUUUCUUUGCUUAUUGAAUGAGCAAAAAGCACUUAGCUGUUCUGGUAAUAAAGUGUAUUACAAAAAACCAGAAGCUCUUCCCAAACUGGAAAAUUUGCUGGUGGAGUAUCUUCCUUCCCUAUUACAGAAACCAACUAAAGAAAUGGUAGAUUUCAUUGAAAAUAUAUAAUAAAUUGUGACUGAGAAAAGGGGUUAUAAAGGAAAAGGGAGAAUAAAAAUUUUGGAUUAAGACUGGCAGGAAAAGAAAUAAUGAACAGUGAUUGUCUGAUUCCCACUUCUCAGCAAGUUUAAAUGCAAUAAAAUUUGUAUUUGGUAUAGAUAUUUCAACUGAAAUGGGGUUUCAGUAGUGUUGUUAAUGAGGUAAUUCAGGUUCUAGACUCCAGAGAAAGAGGGGUGUAUUGGUUAUGUUGUAGAAUUUGAACUUGACAGAUGCUAUGCUAUCAGCUUCUCAUGAAAAGAUUUCUUUAAGCAGUUGUGGAAUUACAGUAAUUGCUUUAGCAAUACAUGUUUUUGGAGUCGUAGGUGUUGCAAUAAACAAAACACUUUUCUCUAGUGCUAACUCCACUAUGAUUUGUGGUUUUCACAUGUAUUGCUCAUCAAAAACCGCUAUAAAUUUUGAAGUUGAGAAAUGUUUAUGCAUUGCAAUAUUGAAGAAGAAAUGCAGUACAUCUGCUUCCUGGUGUUUCUUUCUAUUUUGGGCAUUGCUGUGCUCAAUGUAGCAGAAGGAGCUGGUGAAUGUGGGAGAUCAUCCCCUGACAGGGAAGCCUGGAAGUUAGCUCCUUGUGCAAUGGCCGCACAAGAUGCGAAUGCUCCAGUGUCUGACAGUUGCUGCCAACAGUUGCAGAAAAUAGGCCAGAAUCCACGAUGCCUCUGCGCUGUUAUGCUUUCUAACACAGCUAAGAGCUCUGGAAUCAAGCCAGAAGUUGCUAUCACCAUCCCUAAACGCUGCAACAUUGCUGAUCGUCCUGUUGGUUACAAAUGUGGAGAUUACUCUUUGCCUUGAGCAUGAAGACACAAGUCCUGGGUUUUGUGCUUUUCUUAAGCUAGUUCAUCUGGCUGAUGAAUUAACUGUGACACCCAUCUAUUUGAAUGAUAAAUAAAAGCUUGUGCUAUUAUCUUUCUUCAAAUAUGUUAUUAUUGCUCAAUACCCUUAGCUUGGCAUGAUUCCUAUAAAAUAAACCAGAACCUGCCAAUCAGAUGACUCUAAAAGGAGUUUCAUUCAACUAAAAGACAUACAACUUCCCAUGAAGUAAUUGAAUAUGUGGAUAUUCGGAUAAUCAGUUCCAAAAUUUCGGUCUCGCCUGUCGUGUUUUCGGUUUAAGUUUAUGAUCAUUCAUUGUAU